UGUGCCUUAAAAGGUUCAUCAGUGGAUCUGCCCUGCUCAGCUCAACAUCACAAUUCAAGUAUAAAAUGGUUCACUACACACUGGGAUGGAUCCAAGACUGUUCUCAAAGAGCUCUCUGCAGAUGGAAAUCAUGUAAAGUACAAAAUGUCUGAAAAACGUAACUACACUCUAACAAUCAAAGAUCUGACAGAGAGUGAUAAAAAGAUUUACUGCUGUUCGGAGAGUGCAGAAUACACACAAGUCUGCUCACAAAGUGAAGUCGUUCUCUAUGUUGCAGACCUGCAGGUGAAGGUGAUUCCUGCCACAGAGGGACAGACAGUAUCACUGAUUUGUAGCUCCAGCUGUACUCUGACUGAAAACCCUGCAGCCUACAUCUGGUACAAGAACAGAGAGUUUCUCUAUCAGGACUGGUCUCCCUGGUACCAACAGCUGGUCAGCAGUGAGGAAGCAGUCAGAUACUCCUGUGCUGUCAAAGGCUACGAGCAUCUCAGAGCUCCUGAAGUCUCAGUGGAUUCUGUCACAUCGACCUGCUUUACUGUGACCUACGCUAAAGGAAGAAUGUGCUCUGAAAAGCAGACAUCAGUGGAUGAGUCCUGCUCCAUCACAUAUCCCAGAGAAGUAGGCCUUCAAAGGACUCCUGCAGAUGUGAACGUUACACUGACCUGUAACACCAGCUGUCCACUGGCUGACAACAAAACUGUCUACAGUUGGUACAAGAGCAGACAAUUAAUGAAAGAGGAGAAGAAACAGCAGCUUUCAGUGUCCCACUUGUAUCUUGAUAUCUUCUCCUGUGCUGUCAGAGAUCACGAGGAUCUGCACUCUGCUGAAGUCUGUGAGUAUAAACCAAUAUGA